CAAAUCCCCAAAUUCUCUCGCACAAUUCGCCAAUGUCUUGGAGUUCCACCUACCGCUGCGGGUCGUGCAAGACCGACCUCAACCUCACCGCCGGCCAUCUCUUCCCGCCGGACGCUUACUUCGAGGCCGGCAAUAAGGGCACCCUCUCCUUCUCCUGGGUCGACUCCUCCAAGCUCAAUUUCACCAAGGAGGACAAGAUCAAGCCUUUCUUCGAGACCAUCAACUAUUGGGGUAUCCAACGCCGCCGCACCCGCAUGGACUGCACCGCCUGCGGCCAUCUCGUCGGCUAUGUCUAUGACGACGGCCCACCGGCCAUGGAGGGCACUGGCCAGUUUGGGAUGGGCCCUAGUCAGGUCAUCCCCCGGCGCCCCAGGUAUCGCUUCAAGACCAAAGCUCUUUCCGUCGAUUCGUUUUGAUCUUCUCUUUUUGGGAAAUUUUCAAUUUUGUUGUAUGAAUAAAUCUGGAUGUUUGUUUAUCUGUUUGGUGAUGUUCCUUUUGCUUAUGGUUACAGUUAAUAUACAUGUAUUUAGUGAAAAUUGUAGUGAGAAAAUGUUCAAUUACUUGUUUCCAUCAAUUCACAUUGUAGCAGAUGUUAAUAAUAUGAUCUUGAAUAAAUAUGAGAGUAUAAUUACAUUGCUUC